AUCGGGUGGUGGGAGUUACUUCCGAUUACUCACUAAUGCCGUUACAGGCGCAUUCGCCGAUUGGAUUAUGAUGGAAUAAGUGGGUGUGCGGGUGUCAUCCAGGUUUACGUUCUGGAAAUACCGACGGCAGAAGGUCGCGUGCCUCCAGUUGCUCAUCACCAGUGUCCAGGGGUUCAUUUUCACGCCAUAAGGCGCCCACGCGACUCCGUCCUGCUCCAGUGGAUCGUGACAACAGGAGUUGCUGCUGUUGGCCAGGGGGUGCUAACCCCUCUGGGUGUCUUCACCGGAAGUUCUGGGGGUUCUCCGUCUUGAGUCGGGAGUUUUGAGAAAUAAUCCAACGGAUUAGUCUAGUUCCGUAUUUUCAGCACUUCUCUUUCCACCGGAGAACAGUGAAAUGUUUUUUGUUGAAGUGAAAAAUUGAAACGAUUUCUCCAGUGAUUUUUUUUAAAGAUAAAUCUGUGGUUGAGUAUUUCAACAAUCAGUGAAAUUUUGAGCUGUCGAGUGAGUCAGUUAUUUAUAAUUACAUAAAUUAUCGGAAUGAGCGGGUUUAAACGAAUGCAGAGUCGAGUGUUUUGGGGGCACAUGGAGGCUCAGGAUCUGGACAGAACUCCUCUCCUGGGCUCGUCCUCUCGGGUCCUGCAGACUUCCUACUGCAAUUUUGGUCGCGACACUGACACUGAGAAAGACAGUGACACAAGUCACGAGGAGAUAGAGCUGUCCCAGAGUGUCAGCCUGAAUAUCACUGCCAUCAGGGUGAACGAGGUGAUUGAAGAAGGUGGAGAGGUUCAGCUGCAGACUUCCAUCGAGCGGAGGCUGUCGCAGGUUCCGGAGGACGUGCCGGAGUCCCUGGGGGAUGCGGAGUGCUGCAGGUCGGCGAGCCCUCGGUGUCAGGGACACGGCAGUCUCGACUCCGGUUUCUCCGACUCCGAACGCUCCAAGAGUCCAGGAGUAGGGGAUGAUGGAACCCCCCGGCGUCACAGGAGGCGACGCAGACGAUCUGACAGACCCAGGGCCAAUCCCAGGGUAAAUGCCCUCUUCAGGGAACACGAUCUCCUACACACGUCCACUCCCAAGAGGGAAUUACCUGGAGCCAGGUGCAGACAGAGUAUGAUUUUUACCAGCGACGAGGAACGAGAACUCGUGUCUCCCAGAAUCGAAGAGGAGAAGGAGGAUUGCCCACUUCCCUCAGGCCAGACUCCCCAGGUGGAGGAGUGCCUGGGGGAUUUUCUGUACGCGCAAGAGCCACCAGAGGAUGAUAUCCCGACGUCCUCGAGUACCUCUCGAGGUUCGACCCCGUCCUUCACAGGGCCCUGGUACACUCGUCUCUCGAACGAUCGCUCAGGAUCCGCUGACAGGACUCCAACCGAUAGAUACCAGGAGUCUGUGAAAACGUGGCUGAACGAUCUCGCAGAGGAUUACGAUCCAGAGUGCAGCGUUGCACUGCAGAGCAAAGCGCUCCCCAAGAAACCUCAAGAAACACGAGAGGAAAGCCAGUCACGGGAUUUGCGCCUGAUGACAUCGACAGCCACUGCAGCAGCCACAGAAUUGAUAAUCCGCGCCGACGGUUUCUCAAAACACAUCAACGAAGUAAUUGAUAAAGUUUCGAGCCUCGAGAGCGGAAGAUCAGAGCGCAAACUUUUGCGAUCAAUCGAGGACGAGGCAUUCUCCCUGUUAUCAGAACUCGGAGCCCCUCCACCCCGGAGGAUCCACGAGGGGAGUCUCCGCUCGGUUCUGUCCCAACUGGAGUCCCUGGAGAACGUGGUGAACUCAACAGUGAACACUCGCCUGGAUUUCUAUAUCGAGAGAGUGGUGAGGGGUCUGGAGGACGCACCCAGGGAGACCGGGAGUGCUGCGAGAGGAGCCCUUGCUGCCCUGACAGCCUUGGGACUCGCGGGUACCCGAGCAGGCAACAGCAUCGCCAGGUGCUCAGGAGUCAGAGCACUCCUGACGUCCCUCAUCUCAGCUGGAAGACUCUCCAGUGAAUUGCGAUGCUCGACACUGCGGGCGUUGUCCAGCGUGUGCUGUUGUCCCCUGGCCAUCGGGCAUUUCGUCAAGGAGGGGGGCCCAGAAAUUCUCGUCGAUCUCCUCGCCUCCAAAACCGCCCCUGAGAGGGAGAGGAUGGAGGCAACUGCUCUUGUCGUGCAGAUAACUGCACCCUGGACUGACGCCCUCGGCCUACGGCAUCUUGAACCUUUUGCCAAUAUUCUCGUGGACAUUCUGACGAAUCUGGCCGAGGAGACGAGGUGCGCACAGACUCUCCUACUCUCUGCUGCGGCUCUCAAUAAUCUUGGAGACUCUCAGAAGUGCGUUUAUGCUCUCGUCAAGUGCGAGACAGUCCGGAAGCUCUUGAGGUGCGUGAAGAAAAGCGUUGGGGGAAGCAUUUGGCUUAUGGAGCAGGUCGCCUCACUCGUGGGUAAAUUAGCCAAGAUUCCUGAUGUCAGGGGGCAUCUUGCCAGAGCCAGGGCUUCGGUCGCUCUCGUGUGUUUCCUCAGGAUGGCGCCUCCGGGGAUCGAGGAGGCUUAUCAGAGACUAGCGGUUACUGCAGCUGCUGCUCUCACCAGACUCUGCGUUGAUCCAGAAAUUGCGAAGCAGGUCGUCGCCGUGGGAGGGGCUGAUUGCCUGCCUAAUUAUCAUUCUGAGGAUGAGGAGGACCAGGGUGGGCUUCUCAAGUACACCAGGAGUCUCAGGAUCGCCUGCAGGAAGGCUGCGCAGCACAUCGGACAGGCUAAGGCCUGCGAUUACUCUUUGUGAGAUUAAUUAAGUGAUGAAUGAGAGAGUUAAUUACGGAGUAUUUUUUCGGGUCAUGGAGGACAAGGACGUACUUUUCGGAAAUGUGAGUCUGGGAUGAAUAAAUCGAGUCAUUUCGUGGAAAAAUAGAUUUUUUGAAUUCUAUUCGAUCAGCAGUGUACAUAGGCUUAAUUAUUGUAACAAUUGUUUAGUGCCAUAAUUAAAUCUUGUAAAAUAAAAAAAUUAUUCUAAACACCA